CUUAACUAAUUUUUUUCUGUUUUUUUAAAAACAAUUUUACUGGAUUCUUCCAACAUGAUCGACUUUCCAACCAUCGUUUUGACCUUCUCUGUUAUUGGAGGAAACAAGGAUAUUAUGCCUCUAUAUGUAUAUAUAUAUUUACUUAAAACCCAAUUCUUUGGAAGUUUUCUUAAGUACCAACUAGCUACUAGGAUAUAUGUAUAUAUAUAUAUAUAUAUAUAUUUAUAACAAAGUGUAUAGUUAACUAAAUGAAUCUAUGAUAACUACUUCAAUGUUCAUGAAAGGUGGGGACCGAAUUGAGGAGAUAUAUGGUGCAUUAAUGGAUUGGGACUUUAGAGAGUUUGGUUGGGAGUCAACUCAUGAGUUGGACCCUAAAGAAGAUGAUGAUGAUGAUUUGGUAUUUGACUUCAUUAGCUCAGGAAGAACAACAACAACUACUAGUAGUAGUUCUACUACAGCUCCAUCUUCAGAGAGCUUAAAGUUGGGUUCUUUCACCACCAUGAAUGACCCAACUGAGCAAAACUCAUUGAAAAGACCAAACCAAGUUUUGGGGGACUCAAAUUUGGUGUCUUCACCAUCUGGGUCAUCAUCAAAGAGGGUUAAUGGGAUUGUGGGGGGUUCUCAAAAGCUGUCAUGUUUAGUAGAUGGUUGCAGAGCAGAUCUCAGCAAUUGUAGGGAGUAUCACAAGCGCCAUAGGGUCUGUGAGCACCAUUCGAAAACCCCAAUUGUUGUUGUGAAAGGAGAAGAGAAAAGAUUCUGCCAACAGUGUAGUAGAUUCCACUCUUUGGGUGAGUUUGAUGAAAUCAAGAGGAGUUGCAGAAAACGCCUUGAUGGACACAACAGACGCCGGAGAAAAUCACAGCCUGAACCUCUCUACUUCAGUUCAAAGGGGUUUCUUUCUGGUUACAAAGUCUGUACUUUUGGAUGUUCAGGUCCCAGAAUCUUGCAUUUCGGAAAUCCCCAUAUAUAUGCAGCUAAUGGUAUGAAAAGUUUGUGGCCAUUAGAGACCAAAAAUGGAGGAACAGAAUCAUGGAUUUACAGUCAUCCUCCUCAUCACAAACGGUUACAGGUCAAUACUAAUAAUACUAAUAACAAGAACCAGGAAAGUCCUCUUCCAACUUCCUUCAAUGGAGUUGAUAAAAGGGUUUUUCUUUUGCAGAAAAAUGACCCCAAACAAGGGAACUACCCAUCUAAGCCACCAGGAAAAGGAAGGGGUAACCAUUUACUGUCUUCUGAAGAGAUAUCACUACCCAUCGACUCGGGUGGUCGUGCUCUCUAUCUUCUGUCAACAAAUCAAACCCAACUCUCUGGUGUGAGCCACUUAGGGGCCCAAACCAAUGAAAGUUUCCCUUAUCCAUUUCAGCUUCUUGACCAAAAUGAUGGAAAGGACAAGCCUUUCGAUCAUCAUCAUUUCCCAGCUUAUGAUGUUAACAAAACAAAUAUUUAUGGCAAUAUGAUGCUGAGGAUGGGACCAGAAGACUGCUUGGAAAAUGGUGGUGCUGCAGCAGCAAUGCACAUGCUUCCAAUUUCUUUGGAGUAGUUGCCUUGUCUAGUCUUAAUUAUGAGGUUUAUCUUAUAUGUUCUGUUUUUCUAAUAAGAAGUUUAGUUUUCUCUGAAAGCUUCAAUGUGUCAACUUGGCAUAGUUACUUGGACAAGAACUGGUUUUUCUUUUUCUAAACUCAAUUAUGAGAUGUUUUGUGUUGCUAUGAAUUUGCAUUAUGUUGCUUUUGCUAUACAUGGUCAUGUGUCGGAACUUUUGAGACACAUAAAUGUUAUUGAUAAGAAACAAAGUAAGUUGCUUUCGUUCA